AUGAUCUUAUCAAAUGCGAACACGCCUUCACUUCGAGAAAUGAACAGCGACCCACCUCCUUAUGAAGAAGUAAAACCGUAUCGAGAUCCGACUAAUCCUCGACAGCCAUCAGAACAGACUCAGAUCAUGAGUCCAGACAGUAAAGAGAACAAGAACCAUUACGGCCAAUGCAUCGACAACGUAGGUCAUUCUCCUCAUACCAAAUACGGUACAGUGGGCAUAAUAGCUGGAAUCGUAUUUUUCCCUUGGGGUUUAUUCUGGACACAGUGUGAUUCUCAAGUAACUUGUCGGAAAUGUCAAGUCAUCUUGAAACCUAAUAAGUGCGGACAGAAGAGAAGGGAAAGAAUAAGAGUAAGAAGCGGGAAAUGCGGUGAUAGUUGUUAG